UUCUAGAGUUUCUAGAGCGGUUAAUAACGACUGACCGAAUAAAAGAAUUCCUCUUCAAAUAUGCAAGAAAAAUCGUGGAAAAACUGUAAUAUUUUUAAAAAUCGAAAUUUAAUAGUAGAUUUACUUGUUAUAUUUUUCGGCAUUGGUACAUGGGUUUGUGUUAAUGGAACAUAUCUACAACUUCCGAUUCUGGUUAAAACUGCUCCUGAAUCAUGGAGUCUUCCAUCAUAUCUCAGCUUGGUUGUGCAAAUGGGAAAUAUUGGACCUAUAAUCUACACACUUGUUCAAAAACUCACAGGUGACAGAAUUAAAGAAUCAAUCUACAUCUAUGUACUCUUAACAACUGGAACAGUUUCAACAAUUUUGGCUGCAUUUUUCUACGAUCGGACAGCAGUGAUAGGCGAAACAGAAUACAGUGUAGCGCUGUACAUAUUCAUGUUCUGUUUCGCACUAACAGCAUGUACAAGUUCGGUGUUAUUUUUGCCUUAUAUGGGACGGUUUAAGGAGAUUUAUCUUAUCACAUAUAUUUUUGGUGAAGGACUAAGUGGAUUGAUACCAAGUGUGGUAGCUCUGAUUCAAGGAGUUGGUGGUAGCACUCAAUGUACUUUAAAUCAGACUGAAACAGGACCAGUCUGGGAGAAAUACACUCCACCGCCUCUAUUUGGAACAACAGAAUUCUUAAUAAUCGUUUUUGCAUUGAUGUUGUGUAGUUGUAUAGGUUUCUUAUUACUGGAUCGUUUACAAUUGGCUAAGAAAGAAUAUGCCAAUGUGAUCAACACAACUGGUAACUCUUAUACUUAUGAGAAAGAUGAUAAAAAUGCUGUUGAAGAGCUCAAACAAAUUUCAUCGUCCCAAUAUAAUUUCCUAUUGGUGCUUAUGACAGUGAUUGGAUUUCUGGCGAAUGGAAUGUUUACUAGCAUUCAAUCAUAUUCGACGAUGCCUUAUGGAAACCAAGCCUACCAUUUGACAGCAACUCUUGGUGUAAUAGCUAAUCCUGUGGCAUGCUUUUUGGCUGUCUUUCUUCCGCACACUAGUUUAAAGUCCAUUAUAUCCCUAUCAAGUAUUAGUGGCUUGUGUACAAUUUACGUACUUGUGACUGCUCUAAUGAGUCCUAAUCCAUUUUUGAUGGGAACUUGGUGGGGUAGCACUCUUGUUAUAGCUAUAUGGACCCUUCUGACAGGACUUAUAAGUUAUAUAAAACUUUGUAUCUUCACUGUGAUGCGCGCACAAGGAGGCAAGUCUCUAAUGUGGACGGGAGGCGUUAUGCAAGUCGGUUCUCUAGUUGGAUCAGUGUUAUUCUUUGUGCUAAUUAACUACACUAACAGUUUUAAGAAGUACGAAGAAACUUGCGGUUAACAAUUUAUACUCUUCUUAUUUUGAGAUUUUUUAAUGAAGCAUGUUAAUGGAAUUUAUCACUGCAGAAUUAUAUAAUGAUGUGAUGUGAUAAUUAUUAUUUGAAUUGAACUUUGUCAAAAAUUAUUGAAUAGAUAUAAUAAAGUGUUCAAAGUUUGUUUGUCGGUAACUAAUUUACAAUUAAAAUUUUGUU